ACAAAUAAAUAAAAAAAGAAAAAAAAAUACAAAGAAGAAAAGACAAAAAAAAAAAGGAAAAGGAUAUUUGUUCCUUGUUUCUUCUUCGUAUAAUCGAAGAAAGCUCUGACAUUUCCGAAAAUCUGGCUCUCCAAAAUUCCUUCCUUUAAAUAAAAACCAAACCUCUCUUUUUCUUUUUCUUUUUGCAGUUUCUCUAGCGAGGAGAUGUGAAGAGUCUUUUAACUGUCAAAGAGCGUGAAUGGAUGCAAGGUUUCAUAAAUCUUUAACAGGAUGAUAAACCCAUUCCUUUCCAUUAUUAGAAAGUUCAUAAUUUGAUCCCCAAAAGAAAAAAAAAGGUUUUAAUUUGAUCGACAUAAGCUGAUGAUGAUGGGAAGUAGAGGGAGCGAUGAGGAUUGGUUCUCGGAUGCACGUGAAGAGGUUUCGGAUUGCAACUCCCAAGUGGAAGAAGAAGAAGAAGAUGAAUUUGUACAAGCAACAGGGGAUCUAGACCUCUGGACCAUGAAUCCAGACAGUGUUACAAACCGUCGUCACAAGUUUUUCCAAUCUAUGGGUUUCAGUUUCAAAAAGAGAGACGUCCUUCACAUUGAUCCCCAAGACGAUGUUACUAUUCCUGUCUCCCAACCACCAUUGAACUCUGUCUCUGAAACUGCUGAUCACGAGGAUCACGAGGAAGACGAGAAGUUGUUGAGGAAUGAAUCUCUGUCCUCUCAGUCUUCCUCUGUUACAUCCUUGUCAACUUCUUCUCUGUCUGAUACAUUUCGUUUCAAAGGACCGUGUCUGGAUCGUGCCAAGCACAUUAAUGAUCGCAUUUUCUUGACCAGAGAUUGUUCCAGUAGAUCCGGUUUGAGUGAGUCUGGUCUGAGCGAGUCUGGCUCCAGUAGAUCCGGAGAUUUCCAGAGCUUUUCAUCGAGUCGCUACGAGGAUUCACCUAAGAAGGGAGGAGCGAAAGGGUGGUUAAAGAAGUUAGGUGUUCUAACUCAUGUUCUUGACAAAAACGAAGAUUCCACCACUGAUGGUGAGUCUUUUGGAUCAUCGACAAGGAGGCAACUAACUAGAGUUCAGUCUUUUAAGAAGCAGUUUAAGGAGCUCUCGUCUCUAUGCAUCGGACAAGAGUUCUCUGCUCAUGAUGGAUCCAUUGUAGUCAUGAAGUUUUCUCACGAUGGGGAAUACUUAGCCACUGCUGGUGAAGACUGUGUUGUCCGAGUAUGGAGCAUCACUGAAGAAGAGAGAAGAGAGAAUACGUUUGAAUUGGCUGAGUCUGAUUCCAGCUCUAACUGUGUUUACUUUGGGAUGAAUGAUAAGUCACAGAUUGAGCCUUUAAACAUUGAGAAUAAUGAGAAAAUUGAAAAGAGUAGAGGAUUGUUGAGGAAAAAGUCAGAAUCGACCUGCGCUGUGUUGCCUUCAAAGGUCUUUACUAUAUCUGAAACCCCUCAGCAUGAGUUCCGGGGACAUGCUGGUGAAAUCUUGGAUCUUUCCUGGUCCCACAAAGGGUUUCUACUAUCAUCAUCAGUGGACGAGACUGUUCGUUUAUGGCGAGUUGGCUCUUCUGAUGAAUGCCUCAGCGUUUUCUCUCAUAAGAGUUUUGUGACUUGUGUGGCAUUCAAUCCUGUGGAUGACAAUUACUUUAUAAGCGGAUCUACUGAUGGGAAAGUCCGUAUAUGGGAUGUGUCUCGUUUCAGGGUUGUGGACUAUACAGAUAUAAAAGAGAUUGUUACAGCUUUGUGCUAUCGCCCUGAUGCUAAAGGUGUUGUUGUAGGUUCCAUGACUGGAGAAUGUCGCUUUUUCCAUACAAUUGAUAACCAGCUGGAACUGGCUAAAGAGAUCAGUUUACAUGGGGGGAAGAAGACGAAGAAGAAGGUUCCUAGCAAAAGGAUCACUGGUUUUCAGUUCUCUCCCGGUGAUUCAGACAAACUAAUGGUCACUUCUGCUGAUUCUCAAAUCCGAAUACUCUGUGGAGUGGAUACAAUCUGCAAGCUUAAGAAAGCUUCAAGUCUUAAAACAACACUGAGCCCAACCCCUGCUUUGUUCACAUCGGAUGGGAAACACAUUGUCUCAACAAUAGAGGACUCAGGCAUUCAUGUUUGGGACUACUCUCAACCCAACAAGAAAACUGCUUCUCAGAAACCAAAAACUAUCAGGUCUUAUGAGGGUUUUCUCUCAGACAACGUCUCUGUUGCCAUACCUUGGCUAGGCCAGGGGAAAGAGGAGGACAGUGUCUGCAGUUUCAUUGCUGAUUUGGACAAAAGGUAUGCUCAUUUGCCGUUGCCAGUGAGGGAUUGUUUCGCUCCAGUGAAAGGAGCGACAACGUGGCCAGAAGAGAAGCUUGGAGUAGUAGCAGGUUCUGUUGCAGCAGCCAUCUCAGCUACGGCCAGCAGCAGAUCCAAGCUGAGGCUAUUAAGGAGCGUGUGCCAGAACGUCAACAACGCUUCUACGCCUCACCUGUGGGGGCUAGUAAUUGUGACUGCAACUUGGGACGGUAGGAUCAGAGUGUUCCAUAACUACGGUUUGCCAAUUCGGGUCUAAAGAGAGACUGAAGCAGAGUGUACAUUUCCAAGUUGUUAGUGUAGAACGCUUUGAUUUGAUUGGAGCUCACGUUAAGCCUUAAAGAGGUUGACCGAAAAGUGGGUCUCUUUUUAUUGGUUCUAUAUGUGUAGCUGUGAGUGACACAGAAAUAUUGUUAUUACUAUUGUGUGUGUGUAAACACUGGGCAUUAAUGUGUUUCAAAACAAAACAAAAAAACACUGGGCAUUAAUAUAAAAAUACCACCACUCUUAACC